UUAUCUCUUAUAUUGUGUGUAUCUUAUAUAGAAGGUAUCGUUUAUAUAGAAGAGAGAAAAAGAGAAAAAAACGAGGAGAGACACUCCUAUCAAGACCUGGCCAUGAACACGGAUUUUGCUAUCCGUAUCCGGAUAUAUUCAUGGAUAUCCGGAUAUUAUCCGUAUCCAGGGUCAGGUCUGCUCCCAUCAAGAGCUGAACUGUUUCGUUUUUUAUUUCGGUUUUAUGUUGUUCUUUUCGAUUCUUUUCGAUUGUUCGUAAAAUGUUUUUCGAACGGCUUGUAUCCAGAAGCCAGACAACUUUUAAAAAACAUAUCUUGUCGACCCAUGAGGUUAUGUUGCAAUUCUAAUUUUCUUUAA